AUGAGCAGAGAGAGAACCAAUCAACCAGAGGCAGGCUGGUCGAACAAAAUCCACUUACAACACAAUGUUCCAGUUAUUAGGGACACUUCUCGCACGCCCAAUCUCGACAGAGCACAAGUAAAUGCUACAACUGCCACGACUGGUGGGCAAUCAGCAGUCGGGAAUGCAGAUACCACAGAUAUCGUCGAAAAGGGCAUCUUAGCUCAAAACAAUGUAUCCGACUCGGACAAAUCCACCAUAACGCCCUAUGAGGAGAAGGAUGACUUUCCUGAAGGCGGUCUUCGAGCAUGGCUCGUGGUGCUUGGAGCAUUCUGUGGCUCCUUCUCCGUCUUCGGCAUUAUCAACAGCACAGCAAUUCUGUUGGAAUACUUCAGCACUCACCAGCUUCAAGACAAAAGUGCUAGUCAGAUUGGAUGGAUCUUUGGAUUGGCCCUGUUUCUGACAUUCUUCUGCGGUGCGCCAAUUGGACCGAUCUUCGACGCUUAUGGUCCUCAGUAUCCUAUGAUGAUCGGGUCCGUGUUCUUACUGGCUUCGAUGUUCCUUCUUGGGCUAUGCACUCAAUAUUGGCACUUCAUCAUGGUGUACAGUGUGCUUAAUGGAAUUGGCGGAUGUCUCAUCAACACCCCUUGCAUUGCGUCUAUUGGACACUGGUUUCUCGCCAAGCGAGGCAAUGCUACCGGUGUUGCUAUGACCGCGGGGUCAAUUGGAGGCAUCAUAUUUCCACUUAUGCUUCAGAAACUCUUCCCAGCUGUUGGCUUCCCUUGGGCGACCCGGAUCCUAGGUUUUAUCCUCUUAUUCCUCUUAGUGGUCAUGAAUCUGUUGGUGAAAAGUCGACUACCUCGCAAGCCGAUGACCAGCUUGAGAAGUGUGUCACCUGAUCUUGCUGUCUUCAAAGACUUGCCCUUUGCUGCAAUAACGUUGGGCAUUUUCCUCAUGGAAUGGGGAAUUUUUGUACCUCUUACGUAUAUUACUGCAUAUGCAACGUCUCACGGCCACAGUUCUGCAUUUGGCUUUCAAAUCAUCGCCAUACUCAAUGCUGGCUCGGUUUUCGGACGCUUCUUCGCUGGCUUGGUAGCGGACAUGAUGGGAAGAGUGAAUACAUUGAUCCUCAGCAUUGCAAUGUGCGUGCUGUCUUGCUUUGCACUGUGGCUUCCCGCCGGGAACUCCACUGCCAUGAUUGUUGUAUUUGCUGCGAUCUUUGGUUUCGUCAGUGGCAGCAAUCUAAGUCUUAGUCCUGUUUGCAUCGGCCAAAUGUGCAAAACCGAGAAUUAUGGACGCUACUUUGCCACCUGUUGGAUGUUUGUCGCUUUUGGGACAUUGACUGGACUUCCUAUUGCAGGGCAGAUUCUAGAACUCUGCAAUGGGGAAUACUAUGGCUUGAUCAUCUUCGCUGGCUUGUCUUAUGUUGCUGCUGGCAUCUGUCUCAUCACUGCCAGAGUGCUGAAAGUCGGAUGGAGAUUCAACGUCAUCUACUGA